CAGAGCGAACAUUGAAAAAGAAUGAGGCCGUAAAAAAUUUGUUUUGUCGCGAAGAAAACUCUUGUUUACCGAUCUGCCAUAGUCAUAAAUUAGUCGAAUAGGUCGUAAGUGCAACAGUUACCAUUAGUUUAGCGAGAAUUAUCGUCUGGGAGACCCGUGAAAAUGUUCAAAACACUCAACUCGAAAUUAUGCAACUUAUCUCAGCUAGGAUUAAGACGACGUUUCAAUGUGCGAGGAUAUUCCUUCUACAAAGCCACAGGCGGUAUGGAGAAGCCAACAUCCUUCUACGACGAUUUGUACCGCAAAACGAAGGAAAAAUUCGAAUCCAAAAAGUUACCAACCGACGUAAACAUAAACGGAGUGUUCGCAUGCAACGAACUCGAUUUGAAGGAAGUUGAAGUGUAUGGAUUCGAUUAUGAUUACACGCUGGCAUGCUAUAAACCUUCGUUAGAUCGACUUCUUUACACGUUAGGACGAGAUUUGUUGAUCGACAAGUAUAAAUAUCCCGCGGGAAUCCGAGAUUUGGACUACAAACCCGAUUUUGCGGUGCGUGGCUUGCAUUAUGACAUCGAAAAGGGAGUUUUACUUAAGCUGGAUUGCUUCCUUCAAGUCCAAUUCGGAUCUGUGUUCAGAGGAUUGACACCCUUGACGGACGAAGAAGUGCUGGAUCUUUAUAAAAAUCGAAUUAUUCCUAUUGCGUACGUCGAGGGACACACAAAAUACUCUUAUAACUCUUCGCCGAAAAUGGUUCAAUUAGCAGACUUGUUCAGCGUUCCCGAAAUGGGUCUCUUGUGCAACGUCACAGAAUAUUUCGUGCGGAACGGCAUCGAUUACCAUCCAGAAAUUCUCUUUCGUGACGUCAAGAAUUCCGUGCAAAGCUCGCAUCCCAUAAUGCAUGGUCUCGUAACGAAAAACGUUCGUGAAUACAUUCACGAGAACAAGGAUCUCAAAUUUUUCUUCCAACGCCUGCAAAAUGCCGGCAAAAAAUUAUUCGUCGUCACAAACAGCCCGUUUUACUUCGUGAAUUGCGGCAUGACGAUGCUAAUUGGCGAAAAUUGGCGCGAUUUCUUCGACGUGGUCAUCGUUCAAGCGCGCAAACCGAAAUUUUUCACCGAAGAUUCGCGUCCCAUCCGAAUUUAUGACGAAGCGAAGGGCAGUCAACGCUGGGAUAAAGUCACGAAACUCGAAAAAGGCGUCAUUUACUACGAAGGAACGGUGAAGCAGCUCGAAAGUUUGACGGGAUGGUGCGGAAAUUCCGUGUUGUACUUUGGCGAUCAUCCGUAUUCGGAUUUGGCGGAUGUCACGUUGGAGCAUGGAUGGCGCACGGGUGCCAUUAUCGACGAAUUGACGAGCGAAAUUGACAAAUUGAAUCGCGUCGAGUUCAAACGGAACGCAAAUUGGCUGCAAAUGUUGACGCAACUCAUUGAGGAUGUGCAAGACGAUGAAUCGGAAAACUCGAGACAAGCAUGCCGAAAAUGGAUGCUCGAAAGGGAUGAAUUAAGGAUGGAAACGAAGAAAAUUUUUAACGAACAAUUUGGAAGUGUGUUUCGCACGUAUCACAAUCCGACGUAUUUUUCGCGGAGAUUGUUCCGUUUCGCCGACAUUUACACAGGGAAUAUCACCAAUUUGAUUAAUUAUUCGGUUAAUCACACUUUUUAUCCGAGACGGGGAGUCAUGCCGCACGAAUAUUCGUCGUAUUUCAUGUAAGACUCGUGAUUUUUUGCACUUUUUUUGACGAACGGUAACGCUUAUUUUCUUGUAUUAUGUUGAAUUUUUAUUUUAUUUUUAGCUAAAUGUUUUUUAUGGGACUUUUGAACUUUUAUGAACCACGAUUUUCUGUUGGGAUCAAUUUAUUUUCUUACAUUUUUUGACAAAGACAACGUUAACCAGACCACUUUUGUUGCAAUAAAUUAAAAAUAUUGAACGUUAAAAGAAUUAAAGCAUGUUAUUUAGAGACAAUAAAUAAA